AUGAAUAGAGACGGUACAACAAAAUUAAUUAAAAUGAAUUUAACAAUAGAUCAACGAAGUAAUUAUCAUAAAGAUGAUCAAGAUCGUGCUAAAUUUUAUCUUUGGUAUGCUGAUCAUAUUGUCUAUGGUGUAUUUGGUCCAUUUAUUGCUGUUAUUGGUCUUAUUGGUAGUACAAUGUCAUGUUUAGUAUUUUAUCGUAAAACAUUACGUAAAAAAUCUUGUUCAAUAUAUUUCUUUGUAUUAGCCGUUGCUGAUUUACUCUGUUUACUUUGUAUUCAAAUUCAUUUUGUUUUACCCGUAUAUAAUUAUAAUGUAUUAAUAAAAACAAAUUUUCUAUGUAAAUUAUUUGUAUUUGGAAUAUAUUUUUCAUUUGAUUUGGCAAAUUAUUUAUUAACAGCAUGUUCAAUUGAUCGAGCACUUGUUGUACUAUGUCCUAUUAAAUGUCGAAAAUUUUGUAGACCAAAAAUAGCUUAUAUAAUAACAACUGUAUUAAUUAUUGUUAUAGCAUUACUUAAUAUACAUUUUUUAUACGGUUUUGUUAUUAUUGAUGUAUAUCAUCGUCCAUUAGAUUAUAUGAAUAAAACAAUACCAGAAAUAACACGUCAUUGUCAUUGUCGAACGGAUGUUAUACCAUAUGCAAAAUUUUUUAAUAUUUAUGAUUCUUAUUUUGAUGUAAUUAAAUCAAAUUUAAUACCAUUUAUGAUUAUGAUUGUAUGUAAUUUUAUUAUUAUUGUUCGUGUAUUUAAAUCGUCACGUCUUAGACAUUCAUCUAGACGUGCUGAUAUUAUAACACAUAGAAAAUCAAAACGUAAACAUGAAAAAGAUCGACAAUUAACACUUAUGUUAGUUGGUAGUGCAAUGGCAUUUUUAUUUCUUACAUUACCAACAGAAAUAAAUGAUAUAAUACAAUCACAUGGUAAUAAACAACAAAUAACAAGAUUAUUAAGUGAAAAAAGAAAUUAUUUUAUAACAGCACAUUUAGCAACAUUAUCUCAUCUUAAUUAUGCUAUUCAUUUUUAUAUUUAUACUCUUACUGGUGAAGUAUUUCGACAACAAUUAGUAAAAUUAUGGCCAAUUAGUAUAUGUUGGCCAUAUUUAAUACAAGCUAUAAGAAAAUCACGUACAACAAGGACAACAUCAUCAUCAGCAAAAAGUAUUAAUAAUUAUAAGGGAACAAGAAUGGUUAAUUUGUCGAUGAGAACGACAGCUGCUGAAUUUACUCUCUAA